GAUUCUUUUGAAUAAGAAGUUAGAAGUGUGAGGGGUGUAAUGUAGCUGUGUUGAACACAAUGUGGGUUUAAAAUAACUGGCAAAUGAUGGAGUUACCCGAUCUUAGUCACCUAACAGAAGAGGAACAGAAACAAAUUCUUUCUGUUAUUAAGAGGCAACAAGAUGAAGAAAAGAAAGAAAAAGCGAUGAUUAAAAAUCUGCACCAGCAGUUUGAGACGUACAAGGAACAGGUUAAGAAAGCUUCGGAAACUUACGAAUCAAAGAAUACUCCAGGCACCAAUGUGGACAUAGGAGAGACAUGUUCCUUGUGCCACAAAACCAAGAUGGCUGAAGGCAGUGGUCAUAGUUGCUCCUACUGUUCAAGAAAAUUCUGUUCCAGAUGUGGGGGGAGGGUUCCUGUGAAGUCAAGCAAGAAGACUGAACGAAUGCUGAUGUGGGUUUGCAAUCUAUGUCGGAAGCAGCAGGAAAUGCUGACCAAAUCUGGUGCGUGGUGCAAUGCAAAUGGAAGCAAGUCAACCCUGACUCUGAACCUGGAACCCAUCCCAGCGAAUGACCUAACAGCUAAGUACGGGAAGAUGUCAGGAUCUAUGAGUCUUGCUCAACUGGAAGGAAGAGCAAGAAGAAGCCCAAGGAACAGCAUCGGAGGACAAAGAUCAAGAGGAUCUGUUUUAAAGAAAGGGAACAGUGAACCUCAGUUGACAAAUUGCGAGAAAAUGUCAAAAAGUGAGGAUGAAAACGGUAAUAUUGAGAGCUUUGGUUUACCAGAUAGGUGUGAGAAUAUUGCUUCACACAAUACUUCAACUGAUGGUGCGCAGGACCAAAUUGGACGUACUACUAAUGGUGUGAGGCGCUCAAGCACCAAUUCCGACCGAGUUUUGCACAGACAAGUGCCCAUAUUGCAUUCAUCGUCUGUUGAAAAUGAAGCCAGUGCUCAAGUUACGAGUUCCAGCAACACCACUGUGACAAAGCAACCAGCAGAGAAUAAAUCAGUGAACAAACCUCAUCGUACAAAUGAUAUUAUGACAAACAGUGAGAAAGAUAUCGUGAAACCAAAAGCUAAACCGAGGGUGGUGUCUUCCUCCACCUCCUCCCAUCUUGACACACAACCUCCACGAUCCUCCGGGAGCACUCCUAACAUGAGUGGUGGGAAGUCCUCCGAAACCAUCCGGAGCCAAGUGGGAUCAGAUCACCGUAAAGAGCAGGAUGAUCGGAUGAGGACUAGCUCUUCCUCACCGAGGAUGGGGAAUGAUGCAAGGGUACAUCAAUCUUCCCGGGAUGUUAAACAUAGAGAGAUAAUCAAUCACAACAUUCGAGAUGAAUAUCAUGGAAAACGACAAACUGAACCUACCCAUAAACCAGGGGAAAUCCCCUCACAGCCCCACUCUGCGUCAGAAUCACCACGAUCAACCCACAGAGCAGCAACCCAUCAUGGCUCACCCAAUUUACCAUUGAAGAAAAAUGAAGACCCCACUCUUUUACCCAGUGACCCCCGAUCACACAGUAAACCCCAUGAAGCGUCACCGAAACGUGUAAGAUCCAUUUCUGUAAGUCAAAGCAGUCACUUCAGCGGGAGUCCGCACUCAUCACCACAAAUCAAACGCAGCGAUCGUUCUGUUGGUAACUUCACAUCACACAGUCCUGAAUCACAUGGAACACAAAGAAGAAAUCAUAGAAUGAAUAAAGACAGACAAUCAUACUUAGAUUCUAUGACCUUGGACAACAGAGGAAACCGAAGAUAUGUUAAACAGGGAUGUAAAUCAUCACUAAGUGACACAGAGAGCUCGCAUCAGCUCCACCAAACUUACCUGGGAACCUCCAGGAGGAGAGUGGAAGCGGGAGGAAGCAGAAGAAGAAUCGAGUCGAGGCAGGAUUCGGUCGAUAGUGUUGAUUCUGACCCAAUGACUGCAUAUCGUUCCCUACCCCGGUUUGACGACGUCACCCAACACUUUCACUGUCAGAACCCCCACCGUGACCCCUAUUAUGGGGGUUCCCCUAUCAACCAAAGCCACGAACAAAAUAGACUUAGCUACAGUGAUGUGAAUUUGUAUGACAACCACAUAGAAUGUAGAAAUCACCAUAGAAAGCGAAUGAACAGACAAGAUUACCUAGAUUCAAAUGCCAUGACAAUAAGAAGACCCCAUCACCAUAAAGUUAAGAGACCAGACAAAUACAAAAGAAGAAACCCAUCGUUGAGUAGUACGGACGAAGAACGGGAAGAUUUCCAAACAACUCCUGAUUAUUCCAGUUGUGAAGAUGAGCACCAAAGACAUGGGCACGCGUGGGCCGAGUCGGCCAACCGCGACGACAAUCUUCUCUUCUUCUCGUCGCCGUGGCGAGGUGACCUUAACCUGACCUCUCGAAACGAGCACUUUGACGGAAGAAAUCGGAAAAAAGUUCAUUUUACUGAAUCGGUCGACAAGAAAUAUCUCCAGAAAUAUCCAGGGAGUUUAUCUGACCACUCGAUGUCAGUAUCCGCAGAAAACCUCUCAAGCGGAACCCGUGAUUCGGGGAUAGACACGAGUUCCACCAACACGCAUAGCGAUGAAAAAGAGCAACCAGUGUCAUGGCAACCGUCGCCAGAUGGAAGGUUUCUGAUUGGUCGAAUGAUUUUGAACAAAGGGUUAGCAACCGGGGAUUCCCAGAAUCAAGAGGGGGCCAUACUUGGCUUGAAGGUGGUUGGAGGAAAAAUGACAGAGUCAGGACGACUCGGGGCUUUUAUUACGAAAGUAAAACACGGUAGUUUAGCUGACGUGGUGGGCCAUCUUCAACCUGGUGAUGAGGUUGUUAUGUGGAACGACAAUUGUCUUCAAAACGCUUCGUUUGAUGAAGUUUACGAAGCCGUGCUUGCUUCCAAGAAAUCUAAACUGGUCGAGCUGACGGUUUCUCGUCAAAUUAAAGAAGUUCCGAGAAUUCCUGACUCUCUACAUCGCCACCCAGUGACGGAAUCGAGUAGUAGCUCGUUUGAGUCUCAGAAGAGAGAGGAGGGGAUGAAUGGGAGAAAUGGCCAACGGAGGACAAGGGUGACUCCCUCUAAGAUACAAGUACGUCUCUGGUUUGACAAUUCAACCCAACAACUUUAUGUGACUGUGUUGCAAGCAAUUGACCUUUUACCCAGGGAAGGGGGAAUGUUGAGAAACCCAUACAUUAAGAUGUAUCUGUUACCAGAUCGUAGCGAGGCAUCCAAAAGACGAAGUAAAACAGCGAAAAAGACGCUCAACCCGUCGUGGCAUCAAUCCUUUGUGUACGGACCUAUACGUAGGCAAGACCUUGGCUCGAUGGCGCUAGAGGUCUCGCUGUGGGACCUGGAUCGUUCCGUUGAAUCCAAUAAUCAUUUUUUGGGAGAGAUUUUUAUCGACCUCGGAAUGACGCGACUCGAUGACACCACCCAGUGGUUUAAUCUUGUGAUGGAGGAAGACACGGUGAACCACUCCGUUUCCCACUCGAUCUCUCACUAUGAUUACGUUCCAGAACCCCACCAAGUGGUGAAAGGGCGCCGUCGAGUGGCGAGUGAAGCAGAUUUCGGGUUCGUUUUUAUUAAAAAGCAGUUUUUGGUAAUUUAUUUUUAGAUAAAUUUCAAAUUUCAGGUUUAAAAGUUUUUGCUUUGGUGUGUUUUAUAUUUGAGUGAAUGGUAUAUUGGGUUAAAUCUAAUUUAUUCUAUAAGGACUGUAACUAUACCAGUAUAUCA